GCUGCGCCUCCACCACCAGAGAGGAAGUCGAGCAGUUCACCCGUCCCCACUUUCCCCUUCCCCCUCCCGCGCGCGAUGGCGUCCGCCGCCGACGAGGGCAACGCGGCGGCGCCCAGGGCCGCCGUCUCGCACGUCAUCUUCGACAUGGACGGCCUCCUGCUCGACACGGAGGGGUUCUACACGGAGGUGCAGGAGAAGAUCCUGGCGAGGUACGGCAAGGUGUUCGACUGGUCGCUCAAGGCCAAGAUGAUGGGCAAGAAGGCCACCGAGUCGGCGCGCAUCUUCGUCGACGAGUGCGGCCUCGACGGCCUCCUCACCCCGGAGCAGUUCCUCGAGGAGCGCGAGAGCAUGCUCCAGGAGCUCUUCCCCUCCUGCGCCGUCUUGCCUGGAGUGCUACGUUUGAUCCAUCAUCUCCAUGCAAAUGGAGUACCAAUGGCUGUUGCAACAGGAUCCCACAAACGUCAUUUUGCCCUGAAGACGCAGAACCACAAGGAAAUGUUUACACUGAUGCACCAUGUUGUGAUGGGGGAUGAUCCAGAUGUGAAGACUGGCAAGCCAUCUCCUGAUAUAUUUCUUGCCGCUAUGAGGAGGUUUGAGGGCAAUAUAGAACCAAGUAACUGCUUGGUAUUUGAAGACGCACCUUCUGGUGUUGCCGCAGCAAAAAAUGCUGGAAUGUAUGCGGUGAUGGUCCCAGAUUCGAGGUUGGAUGUUUCAUAUCACAAAGGAGCUGACCAAGUUCUCAGUUCCCUGCUGGAUUUCAAACCUGGUGAAUGGGGCUUGCCACCUUUUACAGAUUAGACAAAAAAGUUUGAAGAUUGGGAAGUUCCCAUGAACAAAUAAGGAUGUCGAAUGGAAACUUUAGAAGAAUGGAUUUUUUGGUAAAGAAAAAGGAGAAAAACUCUGGCCUUCAUAGGCAGGCAGGCAGCCCUAUUUCUUGAUCAGCCCAUUCGUAAAAUUUAGAGAAAUUUAUCGCCCUACUUAUAUGAAAUUUUAUAACUAUAUACUAUUUAGCAAGAAAGAUUGUUAGGCUUAGUGACAAGCAAAACUAUGAGCAUUCUUGCUGCCUACUAUUUUGUGGCAGCGAACUACGACAUACUUCCUUUCAAUAAAAAGAAUCUCCAUAGCUUGGUGUGUUCUUGAA